AUGUCAAGCGACGAAGAGAUCCUCCCCAUCCCCAACUUGAACCUCCCCCAGAGCUUAUUCGUGCUUUCCAACCCGAGAUUGGAACAUCUGCACGAGAAGGCGAGGAAAGAAUUGUUAGAGGGCGUCGAAGCCGAUGAAAUGGGCCCCUGGUACCGCAACAUAACCUCCAUCGCCUCCUCCUCCUCCACAUCCCCCUCCUCACCCACGCCUUCAUCCUCUACGCUCGCGCCUAUACCCCUCGACCAAGCACUCCUCGAACGCCUAGAGAAGAAGAACGAGGAAGAACUGAAAAAGUUGGACGAGAAACUCGAGGAGGCGAGGAAGACGGAGGGCGAGACGGAGAUUUCUGAGGGGUUGAAAGCUAGGGCUAAUUAUCUGACUAGGAUCGGUGAAAAGCAACGAGCCCUCGAAGCUCAAAAACUCGCGCUGGAAAAGACACCAGGCCUCGGCUCACGCAUCGACAUCGUGCUCACCAUCGUCAGAAUCGGGUUCUUCUUUGGCGAUACAGCGCUCGUGACCGAGUAUAUGGACAAGGCCGAAAAACUAAUAGACGAAGGCGGCGACUGGGACCGCCGCAACCGCCUCAAAGUCUACCGCGCCCUCUACCUCAUCUCCAUCCGCCAAUUCAAACGCGCCGCCGACCUCUUCCUCGACGCCCUCUCCACCUUCACCGCCACCGAAAUCCUCUCCUUCAACGACUUUGUCACCAUGGGCGUCGUCGCUGGUGUUGUCAGCUUGGAGAGGACAGAGCUGAAGAAGAGGAUCCUCUCAGCCCCCGAAGUCAACCAAGUCAUCCCCGAGGUACCCGUCCUCGGCGACCUCACCAAGAACCUAUACGACUGCCAUUACGAUAAAUUCUUCGUCGCUCUCGCAACCCUCGAACAAACCUUCCUCAUCCCCUCCCGCAUCCUCAACCCUCACUCGCGGUACUACGUCCGCGAAAUGCGCAUCCUCGCCUAUUCCCAGCUGCUCGAGAGCUACCGAAGCUUAACGCUCGAGAGUCUGGCGCGGGCGUUUGGUGUUAGCGUUGGGUUUGUUGAUAGCGAACUCUCCCGCUUCAUAGCCUACGGCCGCAUCCACGCGCGCAUCGACAAGGUCCACGGGAUCGUCGAGACCACCCGUCCUUCGACCAAGACGGCGCAGUACGAGCAGGUGGUCAAGAAGGGCGAUUUGUUGUUGAAUGAGGUGCAGAGGUUGAGUAAGGUUUUGCAUUAG